AGCACACGGCGGAGCGGCGGCGGCCGCGCUCGGGGGGCGCGCGGCUGCGGCGGCGGCGGCGCGGCGCGUGAGGGGCCGCCUCGGGCCGAGCGGGCGCCGCCAACAUGUCGGAUACCAAGGUAAAAGUUGCCGUCCGCGUCCGGCCCAUGAACCGCCGAGAACUGGAACUGAACACCAAGUGCGUGGUGGAGAUGGAAGGGAAUCAGACGGUCCUGCACCCUCCUCCUUCUAACACCAAACAGGGAGAAAGGAAACCUCCCAAGGUAUUUGCCUUUGAUUAUUGCUUUUGGUCCAUGGAUGAAUCUAACACUACAAAAUAUGCUGGUCAAGAAGUGGUUUUCAAGUGCCUUGGAGAAGGAAUUCUUGAAAAAGCCUUUCAGGGUUAUAAUGCGUGCAUUUUUGCAUAUGGACAGACAGGCUCAGGAAAAUCCUUCUCCAUGAUGGGCAAUGCUGAGCAGCUGGGCCUUAUUCCAAGGCUCUGCUGUGCUUUAUUUAAAAGGAUCUCUCUGGAGCAAAAUGAGUCACAGACUUUUAAAGUCGAAGUAUCCUAUAUGGAAAUUUAUAAUGAAAAAGUUCGGGAUCUUUUAGACCCUAAAGGGAGUAGACAGUCUCUGAAAGUUCGCGAGCAUAAAGUUUUGGGACCGUAUGUAGAUGGUUUAUCCCAACUGGCUGUCACUAGCUUUGAGGAUAUUGAGUCACUGAUGUCUGAGGGAAAUAAGUCUCGGACGGUAGCUGCAACCAACAUGAAUGAAGAAAGUAGCCGCUCCCAUGCCGUGUUCAACAUCAUAAUCACACAGACGCUCUAUGACCUGCAGUCUGGGAACUCAGGAGAGAAAGUCAGUAAGGUCAGCUUGGUAGACCUGGCGGGUAGUGAAAGAGUGUCUAAGACAGGAGCUGCUGGAGAGCGACUGAAAGAAGGCAGCAACAUUAACAAAUCACUUACCACCUUGGGAUUAGUUAUCUCAUCACUGGCUGACCAGGCAGCUGGCAAGGGCAAAAACAAAUUUGUGCCUUAUCGAGAUUCAGUCCUCACUUGGCUUCUUAAGGACAAUUUGGGGGGCAACAGCCAGACCUCCAUGAUAGCCACCAUUAGCCCAGCAGCAGACAACUAUGAAGAGACCCUCUCCACAUUACGAUAUGCCGAUCGAGCCAAAAGGAUCGUUAACCAUGCCAUCGUGAAUGAGGAUCCCAAUGCAAAAGUCAUCCGAGAACUGCGGGAGGAAGUAGAGAAACUGCGAGAGCAGCUCUCGCAGGCUGAGGCUAUGAAGGCCCCUGAACUGAAAGAGAAGCUGGAAGAGUCUGAAAAGCUGAUAAAAGAACUAACAGUGACUUGGGAAGAGAAGCUGAGGAAAACAGAAGAAAUUGCACAGGAGAGGCAACGGCAACUUGAAAGUAUGGGCAUUUCCCUGGAGACAUCUGGUAUCAAGGUGGGAGAUGACAAGUGCUACUUAGUCAACCUGAAUGCAGACCCUGCUCUCAACGAACUUCUAGUUUAUUAUUUAAAGGACCAUACCAGGGUGGGUGCAGAUACCUCCCAGGACAUCCAGCUCUUCGGAAUAGGAAUUCAGCCUGAGCACUGUGAGAUUGACAUUGCAUCCGAUGGAGAUGUCACUCUUACUCCGAAAGAAAAUGCAAGGUCCUGUGUAAAUGGCGCCCUUGUGUGCAGUACUACCCAGCUGUGGCAUGGUGAUAGAAUCCUGUGGGGAAAUAACCACUUUUUUAGAAUUAAUUUGCCUAAGAGGAAACGGCGAGAUUGGUUGAAAGACUUGGAGAGAGAAACAGGCCCGCCAGAGCAUGACUUGGAUGCCGCCAGUGAAGCUUCCUCGGAACCAGACUAUAACUAUGAAUUUGCACAGAUGGAAGUUAUCAUGAAAACGCUGAAUAGUAAUGACCCAGUUCAAAAUGUGGUCCAGGUCCUGGAGAAGCAAUACCUAGAAGAGAAGAGGAGUGCUCUUGAGGAGCAGCGGCUCAUGUAUGAGCGGGAGCUGGAGCAACUCCGCCAGCAGCUCUCCCCUGAGAGGCAGCCCCAGAGCAGUGGCCCCGACCGCCUGGCCUACAGCAGCCAGACAGCUCAGCAGAAGGUGACCCAGUGGGCAGAGGAGAGGGAUGAACUCUUCCGUCAGAGCCUGGCCAAACUGCGCGAGCAGCUGGUGAAAGCUAAUACCUUGGUGAGGGAGGCAAACUUCUUAGCUGAGGAAAUGAGCAAACUCACUGACUACCAGGUGACUCUGCAGAUCCCUGCUGCCAACCUCAGUGCCAAUAGGAAGAGAGGAGCAAUAGUGAGUGAGCCAGCAAUUCAAGUGAGGAGGAAAGGAAAGAGCACCCAAGUUUGGACCAUUGAGAAGCUGGAGAAUAAAUUAAUUGAUAUGAGAGACCUUUAUCAAGAAUGGAAGGAAAAAGUUCCUGAGGCAAAGAGACUCUACGGGAAACGAGGUGACCCUUUCUACGAAGCCCAAGAGAAUCACAACCUCAUUGGUGUGGCUAAUGUGUUCUUGGAGUGUCUCUUCUGCGAUGUGAAACUUCAGUACGCAGUCCCCAUCAUCAGCCAGCAGGGGGAGGUUGCAGGGCGCCUCCACGUGGAAGUGAUGCGUGUUACAGGAGCUGUCCCGGAGCGCGUGGUGGAGGAUGACUCCUCGGAGAACUCCAGUGAAAGUGGGAGCCUUGAAGUCGUAGACAGCAGUGGGGAAAUCAUUCACCGAGUCAAAAAACUGACUUGCCGGGUAAAAAUUAAAGAGGCAACUGGGCUGCCCUUAAACCUCUCAAAUUUUGUCUUCUGUCAAUACACUUUCUGGGACCAGUGUGAGUCUACAGUGGCUGCCCCUGUGGUGGACCCAGAGGUGCCCUCCCCGCAGUCCAAGGAUGCCCAGUACACCGUGACCUUCUCUCACUGUAAGGACUAUGUGGUGAACGUAACAGAAGAAUUCCUAGAGUUCAUUUCAGAUGGAGCAUUGGCGAUUGAAGUGUGGGGCCACCGGUGUGCUGGAAAUGGUAGCUCCAUCUGGGAAGUCGAUUCUCUUCAUGCUAAGACAAGAACAUUGCAUGAUAGGUGGAAUGAAGUAACUCGCAGAAUAGAAAUGUGGAUCUCCAUAUUAGAAUUGAAUGAGUUAGGGGAAUAUGCUGCAGUGGAGCUUCAUCAGGCAAAAGAUGUCAACACAGGAGGCAUCUUUCAACUGAGACAGGGUCAUUCCCGGAGAGUGCAAGUCACAGUAAAACCUGUACAGCAUUCAGGGACACUGCCGCUUAUGGUUGAAGCUAUCUUGUCAGUAUCCAUUGGCUGUGUGACUGCCAGGUCCACCAAGCUCCAAAGAGGGCUGGACAGUUACCAGAGAGAUGAUGAGGAUGGUGAUGAUAUGGAUAGUUAUCAGGAAGAAGACUUAAACUGUGUACGAGAGAGGUGGUCUGAUGCACUCAUUAAACGACGAGAAUACUUAGAUGAACAGAUUAAAAAAGUCAGCAAUAAAAAAGAGAAAACAGAGGAUGACAUGGAGCGGGAAGCCCGGCUUGUGGAGCAGUGGGUGGGGCUGACGGAGGAAAGGAAUGCUGUGCUGGUGCCAGCACCGGGCAGUGGGAUCCCCGGGGCGCCCGCCGACUGGAUCCCACCACCUGGAAUGGAAACCCACAUACCGGUUCUUUUCCUUGAUUUGAACGCGGAUGACCUCAGUGCCAAUGAGCAGCUCGUGGGCCCGCAUGCGUCAGGCGUGAACUCCAUCCUGCCAAAGGAGCAUGGCAGCCAGUUUUUCUACCUGCCCAUCAUAAAGCAUAGUGAUGAAGAGGUUUCAGCCACAGCCUCCUGGGACUCCUCGGUGCAUGAUUCCAUCCACUUGAAUAGGGUCACCCCACAGAAUGAAAGGAUUUACCUAAUAGUGAAGACCACAGUCCAGCUCAGCCACCCAGCUGCUAUGGAGUUAGUAUUACGAAAACGGAUCGCAGCCAAUAUUUACAACAAACAGAGUUUCACCCAGAGUUUGAAGAGGAGAAUAUCGUUGAAAAAUAUAUUUUAUUCCUGUGGCGUAACCUAUGAAAUAGUAUCCAAUAUACCAAAGGCAACAGAGGAGAUUGAGGACCGGGAAACGCUGGCUCUCAUGGCAGCAAGGAGUGAAAACGAAGGCACGUCGGACGGGGAGACAUACAUUGAGAAGUACACGCGUGGCGUGCUGCAGGUGGAGAACAUUCUGAGCCUUGAACGGCUCCGGCAGGCAGUCACAGUCAAAGAAGCACUUUCCACCAAAGCUCGGCACCUGCGGAGGAGCAUCAGCACGCCAAAUGUCCACAAUGUCUCCUCCAGUCGACCAGACCUUUCUGGCUUUGAUGAAGAUGAUAAGGGUUGGCCAGAGAACCAGUUAGACAUGUCCGACUACAGCUCCAGUUACCAAGAUGUAGCAUGUUAUGGAACUUUACCCAGGGAUUCACCUCGAAGGAGUAAAGAAGGUUGCACAUCAGAGAAUCCUCAUGCCUUAACAGUCAGCCCUUUUAAAGCAUUCUCUCCUCAGCCGCCAAAGUUUUUCAAGCCCCUAUUGCCUGUAAAAGAGGAGCAUAAGAAAAGGAUGGCUCUUGAAGCAAGGCCUCUUCUAAGCCAGGAGAGCAUGCCUCCAUCUCAGGCACAUAACCCUGACUGCAUUGUACCCUCAGGAAGCAAUGGCAGCAGCAUGCCAGUAGAACACAAUAGCAAACGUGAGAAGAAGAUUGACUCUGAGGAGGAGGAAAAUGAUCUGGAAGCUCUUAACAGGAAGCUGAUAAGUUCACAGCCUUAUGUACCUGUGGAGUUUGCCGACUUCAGUGUUUACAAUGCCAGCUUGGAGAACAGGGAGUGGUUUUCUUCUAAAGUAGAUCUGACGAACUCAAGAGUCUUAGAGAAAGAAGUGUCCCGUAGCCCUACCACCAGCAGUAUUACCAGUGGCUACUUUUCCCACAGUGCCUCCAAUGCCACUCUGUCUGACAUGGUGGUCCCUUCUAGUGACAGCUCAGAUCAGCUAGCCCUUCAGACGAAGGAUGCAGACUCCAGUGAGCAUUCCGGACUGUCACAUGUUCAUGAUUUCAGACCGUCCUCAAGCAAAGAGUUGACAGAACUAGAAAGAGGCUUGGUAAAGGAUAAGAUAAUUAUGGUGCCACUCAAGGAAAACAGUGCCUUAGCCAAAGGGAGUCCAUCAUCCCAAAGCAUUCCUGAGAAAAACUCCAAAACGCUCCGUAGGACUGGCUCAUGUUCAGAACAAGAUGUGUUCUCCAGCAAAAAUGGCCAACCAGCAAGAGAAUUCUUCCCCAGGGAAGUGACCAUAGAACACACCACAAACAUCCUUGAGGACCAUUCUUUCACAGAGUUCAUGGGUGUGUCAGAUGGGAAAGAUUUUGACGGUUUGACAGAUUCUUCUACUGGAGAGCUUUCAAGUAGGAGGAACCUACCAAAUAAAACGGACAAUAAGAGUAUGUCAGAUGGGCUGCAGGACCCUGGCCAACUGCAUUCCUCAGCAGAGAAUGACCAGGUAAUAAUUCCAGAGGCAGUCCUUUGGGUUUUGUGCUAUCAGUGAGCACGCCUAGUUGUGCACCAACCCCCAGAGGCCCUUCACCACAGUGACGUGGUAGAAGAGGUUCAUUCAGAUGUUUCUGACAGGGAAGAUGGACCCACUGGGGAGCCAGCUCACGUGCUACCCAGCUGGCUGACUGUGGGGAAGCAAGUCUGCUUGCAUAGUUUGAGUAGGACUAUGCAAUAUAUAGGACCAGUGGCUUUUCUAACUGGCAUAUGGGUUGAUGUUGAAUUAAGCAUUCACUUGGAUAAGAAUCAGUCAAUUGCAGUUCAUUCCCUGAGAUGUUUAAUUACUCGCUAUCUGAAGGUGUUCUGGUAGCAUCUACCAUAUUUCAUCAAAUCUGUGAUUUCUUUGAUUAUUAGAUGCACCAUUAUUUUAUGUAUCAUUCAGAAAAAAUACUUCCAGUUAAACUACAUCACAUCAGCAAUUGUAAGACACAUCCCAAUUUCAGAGAUGUUAAAAUGUGCAGGAAAAAACAUACACCGUAGAAUUGAUAAAAGACAAUCAUUUGGUGCCCAUAAGUAAAAACAUGUUUUGGGGAAAUUCACCAGUUGGUGAAUUCCUGGAGCAAUUGAAAUUUGGGCUUUGGAAGUUACCCAGGUUGAUUUUUUAUAAUGUUUAAUUUUCAUAUUGGAACAAAAUGGAUUUUUGCUAGUAUUCCUAGGGAAAACAGCAAAUUAUCUAAAUAAGAGAUUAUCCACUUCUGAGCGCUCUGCUCCUGAGAACCACCAUUUCUUCCCAUUCAGGGGCACUGUUUUGGUCCCACACCCCAACCGCAGCUGUGUUAGGGGUAUGGGAGUGCCAGGGCUUAGCAAAACAAAGAGCUGACAGAACUAGAAAGCAGCUUGGUGAAGAAGAUUGUCAUGGGGACAUUCAUCUCCUGCUUUGCUAAGGAAGUCACCAUUUCCACCUGGAGGCUUUUCCCCUGGGUUCUCCAUCCUAGCCUUUAAAAUUUCAGUACAUGGUCAUGUAUACAGUGUACUCAUAAAUAAACUGCAAAAACCGAAA